AUGUCUUUUGGCUUCUCAGUUGGAGACUUUCUCGCCGUGGGAACGCUUGUCGCAGAUAUCACCAAAAGCUUACGCGAGGCUGGUGGGUCGAAGUCCGAGUAUCAAGAGCUGCUUCGAGAGCUCGAGUCCCUCAAUCAUGCGUUGAAGCACCUUGAUAGAUUGCCUAAAAAUGCAGCGUCUGCGAAUCUUGAGUCGAUAAAGAAGACCGCGGAUAAAGUACUGUGGGCAUUUGGGGAGAAGGACGAUAUAAGGAAGCUGCAGAGCUACCUGAGUAUACAUAUAGGGACGAUCAAUAUGCUACUUGCAGAGUAUGGAUUGGAGAAAAUGGAACUUGUAUAUGAGAAGGGGGAGCUGGAACGACUGCACAUUCGAGAAAGGUUGGAAAACACCAAGUCUCUGAUGCAAUGGAUCAAAGAUAGCGUGGUAGCGCAGACUGCUGCUGUCCACAAUGCCAAUUCCAUGCUCACGAAGCUGUUCGCAAUGGUUAGUGGAGAGAUCGGUUCUUCAAUGAAAUCUCUGGGCGAGAUGGUCGCGAAAGUUUGUGUUUCAACACAACAGAUUUACGGCGUCGUCCUCGAGAUUAGAGAAUCUCUAGCUACUCCUGAUGCCAAAUGGACCUUCUUCCAAGCCCCGCUUAUCGUGGAAGAUGCCCUUGGCUUAAAAUUUCCAGUCCCCUCAGAGUACGACUUCGGGCUCCUCAAUGCAAUCAUUAAGCAUCGAUUUCUAGACGGGCCGGGUUCUGUGGAAGUCCAAACAGAUAAUUAUGAACUAUUUAGUGCCAAGAACAGUCAGGUUGUCAUUUCGGAGAACGUGCGGCUACUGCCUGGAGCUUCUAUUAUUAUGGCAAUAUUGUUAUACAAGCCGGCGAGCAAAGUAUACACUGAUGAGACGUGCCCAAUGCCGAGGUGCGGCUCAACUCUAACAACAGCAGCACCGGGAGGUGGACGUAUCUGCAAACGUUGCAAUGUUUGGUUUGACCAGUCGAGCAAGAAGCGGAAGCUUGAUUUAUUUCUGUAUGAUAUUGAUAUACGAGACGGUGCUACCAGCAAAGAUUUAUCCAAGUCCAACAAUCCAGGAGGCCGGACGAAGAGCGCCUCUGACUCUGAAGAGAGCCUCGACUUCUUCAGAAACGUAAAGUUGGCAGAGGAGAUACUCCAAGAACUAAAUCCUGUCAUCAUUCCUGCCGACGACAAACCUAUCAGAGAUGGUCGAGGGCCUGCUGAGUUCAAUGAUGCUAUAUCAUUCGUGAACAAGAUCAAGAGCCGAUAUCAAGACAAACCUGAGAUUUAUAGGGAAUUUCUCGACAUACUGCAAACUUAUCAACGAGAAUCGUUACCUAUUCAAGAAGUUUAUGCCCUACUGACAGAUUUGUUUGCGGCUGCACCAGACUUGUUGGAAGAUUUCAAAAUGUUCCUUCCAGAAUCUGCUGAGCAGGCACGUUUACCCGCUCAGCAAAACCCUCCCAAUCUCGAGAGGUACGAAGUGGACGAAAUGGUCGAACAGCUAUCCCAAGUCGGUGACCGGGCACGAAAACGCUUAAGACGAGAGCGGGACUACGAUAACGUUGAAAAUGACCCUGACUAUGAAAAUGACGGUGACGGCGAAAAGGAAUAUGACAGUGAAGAUGACGAUGACGAAGAAGUUUUGAAAGGCCGUACUGGAAAAGUGGUAAAAUGGAUCCCCACUGUAGUGCCUUGUGAUGCAGGUGAUAGCAGCUUUGGAAUGUAAUGAAUGUGCUGUAAAGUAUGAACCGUU